AAUCACAGAUGCCUGGGAAAAAAGGGCCUAAAAUGAAGUAUUCAACUACCAAAAUUCCCCCCGCAAAAAUGAACAACUCAGCAGGAAAAGUCUUGGUAAAAUCUCCCAGGUUGAGAAAAUCCCAACAGAAGGGCGAAGAAAUUUGCCAGGUGUACUUUAUGCAGCUACGCUCUGGCCUUAUCAUAGAAAAAAAGGCCUGUUACUUUAGGAAAGAAACCACCAAAAGGCCAUUCUUAAUGACAAGAUUUUCACUUGUUACAGAACGUUCUGUUUCCCUGAGCACAUACAAUGAUCAAUCCAUUACUUUUGUUUUUUCGGAUGGAGGUUAUGAGAUCUAUCUUGAAGAUUUGAUGGGAAAAAAUGAGAAAGACAAAGUGUUAUUCCAUUACUAUAACUCACAGCCACCUGCAAGUGAAACAGGUGAUGAUGUUGAUGGUCACAAAUUUAUGGUAAGGAUGAGUCCUGCAAAUAACAAAGACUUCUUGGUGCAUGCCAACAACAAGGAGCACUCUGUGGAGGUACAAAAAUAUGAAAAUUCGUUGCCAGACCAGACAUUAUUUUUUCUUCAUACAGAGCUUGGGCCCUCGCCAUGUGUUUCCUUUGAAUGUAAGAGCAAUCCUGGAGUUUUCAUAGGAGUAGAGGGUAACCAUCUUGCUCUAAUUGAAUUAAAGGACCAAACUGAACAUUUAAGAAGAGAGAAUAUCAAAUUUAAGCUCUCUUAA